UCAAACGGACCGACCCUUCCAAGUUUCAUCUCUCCUCCCCCUCGUCACCUCCUCUCCGAUUGAAGCCAGCUCGAUUUCUAGGGUUAGGGUUAUCCAAAUCCGCUCUUCCGAUUGCGUCUCGCUUCUUUGGUGGGAGGGAUCGGAGAUGUACCAGUGGAGGAAGUUCGAGUUUUUCGAGGAGAAGUCCGCCGGGAAGGCUUCGAUCCCCAGCGAGAUCCCCGGCCAGAUCCUGUGCUGCGCGAGCGGGAGGGGGCGGAUCGCCGUCGGAUGCGAUGAUGGCACCGUCGGCCUCCUCGACCGCGGCUUCAAGCUCUCCUACGGCUUCCAGGCUCACGCCUCCUCCGUCCUCUUUAUCCAGCAGCUCAAGCAACGCAAUUUCCUAGUAACCAUUGGAGAAGAUGAGAAGACAUCUCCCCAGCUAUCUUCAAUUUGCUUAAAGGUGUUUGACCUUGAUAAGAUUGAGCCGGAAGGUUCAAGUUCAAGCAUGACUAGUCCUUUCUGCGUCCAGAUACUGCGGAUAUUCACCAAUCAGUUUCCUGAAGCAAAGAUUAUUUCAUUUUUAGUUCUUGAGGAAGCUCCUCCAAUAUUACUGAUUGCUAUUGGUUUAGAUAAUGGUUCCAUCUACUGCAUCAAAGGUGACAUUGCACGUGAGCGUAUCACACGCUUCAGGCUGCAGGUUGAGGCUGUCUCAGACAAGAGUCUCUUUUCUAUCACGGGUCUUGGUUUCCGAGUUGAAGGGAGAACUCUUCAACUCUUUGCUGUCACUCCUAGUUCUGUAAGUUUGUUCAGCUUGCAUGAUCAACCACCAAAGAGGCAGACCUUGGAUCAGAUUGGAUGUGAUGCUAAUGCCGUUACAAUGAAUGACCGCCUGGAUCUGAUUAUUGGUCGUCCUGAAGCUGUGUACUUUUAUGAAGUUGAUGGGCGAGGUCCUUGUUGGGCUUUUGAUGGCGAGAAGAAAUUUCUUGGUUGGUUUCGUGGAUACUUACUGUGUGUUAUUGCAGAUCAGAGAAACAGCAAGAAUACCUUUAAUGUUUAUGAUCUGAAGAAUCGGUUGAUUGCCCAUAGCAUGGUGGUAGGUGAGGUGUCACACUUGCUAUGUGAAUGGGGCUUUAUCAUUCUUAUAAUGAGUGACAAGAAGAUUAUGUGCAUAGCAGAAAAGGACAUGGAAAGUAAGUUGGAUAUGUUGUUCAAAAAGAAUUUAUAUACUGUUGCAAUCAACCUUGUACAGAGUCAACAAGCUGAUGCUGCUUCCACUGCUGAAGUGCUGCGAAAAUAUGGUGACCAUUUAUAUGGUAGACAAGAUUAUGAUGAGGCUAUGUCACAAUAUAUUAACACAAUUGGUCAUCUGGAACCUUCUUAUGUUAUCCAGAAGUUUCUAGAUGCACAAAGGAUCUAUAACCUUACUAAUUAUCUUGAGAAAUUACAUGAGAGGGGAUUAGCUUCUAAAGACCAUACAACUCUUCUUUUAAACUGCUACACAAAAUUGAAAGAUGUUGAAAAGCUAAACAAGUUCAUCAAAGACGAUGAUGCUGUUGGUGAACACAAGUUUGAUGUGGAAACUGCCAUUAGAGUGUGCCGUGCAGCUGGGUAUCAUGAGCAUGCUUUAUAUGUUGCAAAGAAAGCUGAGAGACAUGAGUGGUAUUUAAAGAUUUUACUUGAAGACCUUGGUAGAUACCAUGAGGCAUUACAGUAUAUUUCAAGCCUUGAGCCCAAUGAAGCUGGCGUCACUAUGAAAGAGUAUGGCAAGAUUCUUGUAGAACACAGACCAGCUGAAACUGUUGAUAUACUCCUGAGACUCUGCACUGAUGGUAGCGAAUCAACAAUGAGGAGGACCUCAAGUAGCAUGCACUUACUUAUGCUGCCUUCCCCAAUGGACUUUAUAAAUAUUUUUGUACAUAGCUCACAAUCUCUCAUGGACUUCCUAGAAAGGUAUAUCAGUAAGGUGAAGGAUUCACCUGCUCAGGUUGAAAUUCAUAACACACUUUUGGAGCUAUACCUAUCUGACACCUUGAGCUUUCCAUCAGUUUCACAAAGAAAUGGUGGUGAAGAUCGUGAUCUUAAAGUAAUAAGUGCUAGGGAAGUGGCUAACGGGUCUGUAAAGGAGAGCAAGGAGAAAUAUACUGUUGAGAACAAAGAUGUUAAAAAGGAAAAGGAUUGUGUAGAAAGACAGCAGAAGGGUCUAACCUUGCUUAAGAAUGCAUGGACGUCUGACAUGGAGCAACCUCAGUAUGAUGCUGAUCUUGCUGUUAUUCUUUGUGAAAUGAACAAAUUCAAAGAUGGUCUGUUGUUCCUGUACGAGAAGAUGAAACUUUAUAAAGAAGUGAUUGCUUGCUACAUGCAGGCCCAUGACCAUGAUGGAUUGAUUGCGUGCUGCAAGAAGCUAGGGGAUUCAACUCAUGGGGGAGAUCCAUCUCUUUGGGGUGAUCUUCUCAAGUACUUCGGGGAGCUUGGAGAAGAUUGCUCCAAAGAAGUAAAGGAGGUCUUGACUUACAUUGAGAGGGAUGAUAUAUUGCCUCCCAUAGUUGUUCUACAGACAUUAUCUAGGAACCCUUGCUUGACACUAUCUGUUGUAAAGGAUUACAUUGCUCGAAAGCUUGAACAAGAAACAAAGCUGAUCGAAGAUGACCGCAAAUCAAUUGAGAAGUACCAGGAAGAUACUGCUUCAAUGAGGAAGGAAAUACAAGAUCUCAGGACUAAUGCAAGAAUUUUUCAACUUAGCAAGUGUACAGCCUGCACCUUCACCCUUGAUAUUCCUGCAGUACAUUUUAUGUGCAUGCACUCAUUUCACCUACGCUGCCUUGGGGACAAUGAGAAAGAAUGCCCAGAGUGUGCACCGGAAUACAGAUCCAUUUUAGAAACCAAAAGAAAUUUAGAGCAAAAUGCCAGAGACCAAAAUUGGUUUUUCCAGCAGUUGAAGAGUUCAAAGGAUGGGUUUUCUGUAAUAGCAGACUAUUUUGGCAAGGGCGUGGUGAGCAAAACUAGUACUGAUCCUCGACAAAUUCCCUGAUCUGGCAGUACUCAACGAGUUGCAUGGUAUAACAUGCUGGUUGUAAUGUUUCUGUCAUCAUCAAUGUGUACAUCUGAAACUGAUUUUGUAAAAUUCUUGAAUUCCUCAUGGAGGUUGGGACCUAUUGAAUCUUUUAUGUUUCUUGACCUU